AUAACCUGGGGUUGAAGGCCUGGCUCGAGCAAUUUGACAACCUCCUCUCGUGCAGCGUCCAAAACCCUAGCCGGUCCUCCCAUAUUUGAGGUCAUCUCUGCUGAUCGCCUCUUCUCACCCCCUCCUUUGACCCCUAGCAGCCGACGCCCUUGUCCUCCUCUCUGCCGCACAUCCGAAGAUGGUCGACACUCUGGUCCUCCGCGGCACGAUGCGUGGCCACACCGACAUGGUGACGGCCAUCGCGGCCCCCAUCGACAACUCUGACAUGAUUGUAUCCUCCUCCCGGGACAAGUCCGUACUCGUGUGGCACCUCACCAAGGACGCCCCAGCCGCCUCCGCGGACGGGAGUGGCGUCGGCUCCUACGGCGUCCCCCGGCGGCGCCUGACCGGGCACUCCCACUUCGUCCAGGACGUGGUCCUCUCUUCCGAUGGCCAAUUUGCCCUCUCCGGUUCCUGGGACGGUGAUCUCCGUCUCUGGGAUCUCUCCACCGGUGUCACCACCCGCCGCUUCUUCGGCCACACCAAGGACGUUCUUUCCGUCGCCUUCUCUAUCGACAAUCGCCAGAUCGUGUCUGCCUCCCGCGACGGCACCAUCAAGCUCUGGAACACCCUCGGCGAGUGCAAGUACACCAUCCAGGACGCCGAUGCUCACACCAACUGGGUUAGCUGCGUCCGUUUCAGCCCCAACGCGUACCAGCCUACCAUUGUUUCCGGCUCCUGGGACCGUACCGUCAAGGUCUGGAACUUGACCAACUGCAAGCUCCGAUGCACACUCGCUGGCCACGCCGGCUCCGUCAACACGGUUGCCGUCAGCCCGGACGGCUCCCUUUGCGCCAGCGGUGGUAAGGAUGGGGUCACGCUGCUCUGGGACCUCGCCGAGGGGAAGCGCCUCUACUCGCUUGAUGCCGGGGCCAUCAUCCACUCCCUCUGUUUCAGUCCCAACCGAUACUGGCUUUGCGCUGCCACUCAGGAGAGCGUGAAGAUCUGGGAUCUUGAGAGCAAGUCCAUCGUGCAGGAUCUCAAGCCUGAGAUCACUACCACUAAGAAUCAGAUGUUAUACUGCACAAGCUUGACUUGGAGUGCCGACGGUAGCACACUGUUCACCGGUUACACCGAUGGAACCAUCAGAGUUUGGGAGAUACGCUACUAGCGGUGGACAGCCUACUCGGAGAUGACUCUUGUGCCGCCACUAUUCUUAGGUUUUAGUGUUCUAAGCAACUGUGACGCACACAUUUCAGGUUAUCUUAUGUAGGUGUAUGUUUUUGGACCUCUUUUUUUGUUUUUGGAGCUCUCUUUCUCUCUCUCUCUCUCUAGCGUGGUAGGAACGCUGCUUUUCGAACCAUUGUCAUUUUAUUUGCCAUUAGUAGCUAUCUUUGCAUUUUUCCCUU